CGUCCCGCCGCGGCCGGGCCAGCGGGGAGGGAGGGCGCGCGGGCCGAGAGGCACCUGGGCGCCCGGAGCCCGCCCGCCGCCGCAGCCUCGCCCGCCCGCCCGCCCGCCGCCCGGCCAUGUCCUGGGCCCUGCUCCUCGGGCUCCUGGCCGCGCUGCUGCUCCUGCUGCUGCUGAGCCGUCGACGCUCGCGGCGACCUGGUGAGCCUCCUCUGGACGUGGGCAGUAUCCCGUGGUUGGGCCAUGCCUUGGAAUUUGGAAAAGAUGCUGCCAGCUUCCUCACCAGGAUGAAGGAGAAGCACGGUGAUAUAUUUACUGUGCUGGUGGGGGGCAGGUAUGUCACUGUCCUCCUGGACCCCCACUCCUAUGACACGGUGGUGUGGGAGCCUCGCACCAAGCUGGACUUCCACGCCUAUGCUGUCUUCCUCAUGGAGAGGAUUUUUGACUUGCAGCUCCCACAUUACAGCCCCAGUGAUGAAAAGGCCAAGAUGAAACCGACUCUCCUCCACAAGGACCUCCAGGCGCUCACGGAAGCCAUGUACACCAACCUCCGCACUGUCCUGCUGGGGGACGCCACAGAAGCGGGCGGUGGCUGGCAUGAGAUGGGUCUCCUCGACUUCUCCUACAACUUCCUGCUCAGAGCCGGCUACCUGACUCUGUACGGAGUCGAAGCUCUGCCACGCACCCGUGAGAGCCGGGCCCAGGACCGCACCCACUCGGCCGAUGUCUUCCACACCUUCCGCCAGCUCGACCUCCUGCUCCCCAAACUGGCACGUGGCUCCCUGUCAGUGGGGGAUAAGGACCGCAUGUGCAGAGUCAAAGGUCACCUGUGGAAGCUGCUGUCCCCAGCCAGACUUGCUGCUCGGGCCCACCGGAGCAAGUGGCUGGGGAGUUACCUGCUGUACCUGGAGGAGAUAGGGGUGCCGGAGGACAUGCAGGCCCGGGCCCUGGUGCUGCAGCUCUGGGCCACACAGGGCAACAUGGGUCCUGCUGCCUUCUGGCUUCUGCUCUUCCUCCUCAAGAAUCCUGAGGCCCUGGCUGCUGUCCGUGGAGAGCUUGAGCAGCUCCUCUCCAGAACAGAACAGACUGUUUCGCAAAUGACCACCCUCCCCCAGAAGCUUUUGGACAGCAUGCCUGUGCUUGACAGCGUGCUUAGUGAGAGCCUCAGGCUCACUGCUGCACCCUUCAUUACCCGGGAGGUCAUGGUGGACCUGGCCAUGCCCAUGGCAGAUGGGCGUGAAUUCAGCCUGCGACGUGGAGACCGCCUCCUCCUCUUUCCCUUCCUGAGUCCCCAGAAAGACCCGGAAAUCUACACAGACCCAGAGGUGUUUAAGUAUAACCGAUUCCUGAACUCAGAUGGGUCAGAGAAGAAAGACUUUUACAAGGACGGGAAGCGACUGAAACACUACAGCAUGCCGUGGGGCGCUGGGCACAACCAGUGCCUGGGGAAGGCUUAUGCCAUCAGCAGCAUCAAACAAUUCGUGUUCCUUGUGCUGGUGCACUUUGACCUGGAGCUGAUCAACCCAGACGCGGAGAUCCCCGAGUUUGACCUCAGCAGGUACGGCUUUGGGCUGAUGCAGCCGGAACACGACGUGCCUGUCCGUUACCGCGUCCGGCUGUGAGCUCUGCCGUGCACUUGCCUCCACCCAGCCUGCCUGCCCCCACCCCACCCCGUCACUCGGCUUUCUGUGUCUGCAUUUCCCCUGGGUGCAGGAGCUUUGAACACUCAACGGCGCCCGCAUGACCACUUUCCUGAUUCUUCCUUGGAAGGCUAUGUCCAGGGGAGGGGAACGAAGGGAAGCUGAGAGGGGGUGAAUGGAAAAGGGACAACAGAAGCUCUGUGAAUGGUUUGCUGUUCUAGUCGAGUUUCAAAAGGAGUCUCUUUCUCUCCCGACUCACCUUGCCCUGCCCCCCACCUCAUGAUAUCCACAAAAGCUGGGACCCACGGGGCAGAAGCAGAGGAGUCUUGACUGGUCUGCCAUGCCCCCACUCCCCAAGGGGCCAGGUCCUCGACAGUGAUGUGGUCCAGGCCUUAGCCUGUCAAAGCAGAUGCUGGCCAUAAAAAGGCCAAUCAGGGCCUAGCCAUGUGUCCAUUGAUACAGGCUCUGUCCCCAAAUUACCAUUAAACUAGCCUAAGCCAAAGGAGUCCCUUAAUUGUCUGCUUACCCACGGGCCCCAUUUGCCACACUUGCCUUAUCUCUCCAUUCACACCAAUGCUUGAGAAAAUUCAGGAAGGUUUUCCUAAAGGCGAAUAUUCAAGGCACAGAACAUGCGCUCCUCCCAAAGUCUGGGCUCUGUGCUCUGUCCUAGAUGUAUGGGCUCCAGAUGGGAGAGCUUUCCCAGUGUCCAGACUUCAGUAGUGAAUGAGAAAGACAGCCCCAGCAGGCUGGCCCCGUUGGAAGGAACCAGCCAAGGCUCCCUGGGUUGGUGGAGCCAGAAAAGGAGGUGUUGGUUUGCUACACCCUAGCCUGGAACCGCCAGCUGCUGCACGCUCCAGUGGCAGACCUGUUUUGUGUGGCCCAGACUUCGAAAAAAUACAUUAGCUGUUACCGUGUCCUCUUUGGGAGAGUCUGUUUAAAAUGUCCAGCUUCUCUUGAAAACGUGGACAGCCUGGCCACACUGGGCCCAUAUUCCCAAGGGCGGCUAUUGGCCAGAGCUGAGAUACGGCCACCUCCCUUAUCCAGGGCACGUGCAUUCUGGCUCGCUAGGGUUUCCACUUGGUGGAGAUUUUUCUGCUUUUCCAUUCCCAGUACCCCCAGGCCCUUGAAGGCACUCCAGUGUGAGAACCCUCUUCCAACUCUUAGAAGUGAUACUGUAGGAGGUGGUAACAACCUACUAAUUGGUCCUCAGACCCAUGGUCCACCGGUCCUGGGUGCACCCCCCUUCGUACAAACAGAUCAAGGAUGAAAACUUGCUUUUGCGUCAGCUUUGUGGUCGGGGGGUGGGGGGACAGAUCAAAGAGAAAACUGCCUGGAAACCUUUCUUGUGAUGUUAAGUAUUGUUAUUAACAUGAGGUCCUGUUUACUGAGGACCCGCUAAAUGCCUGUGACAGGUGCAGUAGAUGCGGUAUUCCUACUUACGGCAUCUCUGUGAAGAGAGGACGGUUAUGCCUUCUUUAUGGAUGAGGAGGGGCACUCAGGGAGGUGCCGUGACUUGGUAGGAUUUGGCAGAAUUCGUGUCCCAGUAGCAAAUGCUGGGUGGGUAGCUCUGUGUUCCUUGGGCUCCAGGCGGGUGGUGGAGGGGCAGUCCUGUUUAGCAUCGCCCAAGACACAGACACACACACACACGUACGUACAGCUCAGUCCCCGUAGCUCUGGCUAGAGGGAGGAGAGGACCUGAGGCCUCCAAACGUUCCAGGGGCUUGGGGGCUUCCCUGGCCCUCAGCCUCCAGGCACCCCCAGGAUUCCCAGACAGACACUGUGAUUGGCAGGAGGCAGGAUAUCCCCAGGGAAACCCAUCUUCACGCCUGGGUGACCCCUGCUGCCACCUGCUUCUUAACUCUGCAGGAAAUCAGGGUUGGCAGCCUUCUGUGGGAGGACGGUGCCGGUUUCCAUGGCAACUGUAGCUGCCUCCUCCUGGCUUGGAAGGGAAGGAAGAAGGCUGGCAGAAGUAGCUGCAGGAAGAUCUCUCGUGCAGGGCUGCACCCUGGUGCGCUGGGGAAAAGCCCCGAUGACGCCCCACAGAUCAGGGCUGCGUGGUCCCCGGGACUAGAUUCUCACCCAUGUCCCCAAAAGGCCAAUCGCAUUUAAAGGUGGCAGCUCCUUGGAGCCACAGUCAUUAGGAAGAGAUGGGUCUCCCGCCAGGUAGCCCCAGCUGGCACCAGAGAUAUUGGAGUAGAGCUUGAGAGGUGACGCUUUAAAUCCUCCUUUGUUUUAAUCUUUAUUCUUUUCCCCUUUUUUCUUUAAAAAGAAAUCAAUGUAAACAUAAGGUACCGUGAAAAGGGGGAAAGGUGAGUGUGUUCGCUCCUUGCCACAGGUCAGUUAGGAAGGUACCCGGACAUCGUUGUAUUUCUUCAUAUUUUGCUUUAGAAUCACAAACUUGCAGGACACAUGCUAGAAAUGCUCUUAGGUUGGGGCACCUGGGUGGCUCGGUCGGUUAAGUGUCCGACUUCGGCUCGGGUCAUGAUCUCGUGCGUCGUGGGUUCAAGCCCCGCAUCAGUGCAGAGCCAGCUUUGGAUCCUCUGUCCCCCUCGCUCUCUGCCCCUCCCCAACUCACACACACUCCCUUUCCCUCUCUCUCUUUCAAAAUAAAUAAACUUUUUUUUUAAAUGCUCUUAGGUUGACCUAAUGAAGUGUUUCCUUCCCAUUGUCUUUUUUUUUUUUUGCUAUAUUUUGUAUUGCUGUUUACCAGAUAUUCUCCUUGAAACAGACUCAUUUUUUACACUUAAAUUUGCUUAAAAGGGAACGUUAUUCCAUCACUGCCAGUAACGGACAACAUGUAUCUCUCACUGCCAAAAAUAGAAAGUGGCUGUGAAAUAUAAAUUUGCCGGGGUGGGAGGGCCUCCGUGCCGUGUCGCCAAGGCUCAGAGCCCGAGGUCUGUCUCUUCUCUGUUACAAAAUGAGACAAGGAGGCGGUCCAGGGGUGUUACAGCCAGGCCAGCAUCACCCGAGGCUUUCUCCUUGACAGUCACAGGUGAAGGGGGCAGAGGGUGUGUGUCUGAGCCCAGGGUCUUCUCCUGCCACCAGCCAGCUCUGCUCGCAGUGAGCUGGGGACGUCCCACCCGUUUGUUUUUGUUUUUUGAUAAACACCGUGUUUCGGGAGUAGCCGUGAUUAUUAUCCCUUGCUGUUGUAAUAAAGAGUUCUAUUUUCAUAUAAUAUUGUUGAACAGAAAUGUGCUGAAAUGUAUUAAAUCAUCCUUGUUUGUC